AUGGGUCUGCUGGACGCGAAGAAGCACAGCACGGAAGAGACAAGUGGAAUCUUCUCCCUUGGCGUCUACUUCUGGCUCAACCGGAUGUUCUUGGCGGGAUACAACGAGGUCUUGACGCUUGAGGACCUCGCCGCCCCGGCCCUGAGCCAGAGCGGCACAAUAGCCACGCUCGAAUCAGUCUCCGGCUGCGCGGCCGUCGUGUCCACCACCGCGAUCUGCAGCACCUGCAUGACCGUCGACUGCGUGGUCCCGGCGACCAUCACGGCCGGGUGCGGCACCUGCCCGGAUACCCCGCCGACCAUCUACCGCUCGUACGGAUGCGACGAAGGGUGCGGGGCAGAAGGCCUGGGCGGCUGCAAAACGGUGUACAGCGUCGUCACGGCCAGCGGAGACGAUGGCGAGUGUGACGGCGGCGGCGGCGGGGAUGAUGAUGGGUCUCCUGCCCCGACGACUACCGGUUCGGAUGGACACGGCCCCACCACGCCAACAACGACGCAGAGCGAGACCGAGGUGACUGCGCUGCCGACUCCGAGUGGGUCGUCGAAUGGGACCGAUGGCCAGGUUACGGCGCCGGUUAGUACGGCCGGGGCGGCUGCGCGGCUGAGGCCGUUCCGGUUGUGGUAGACUUUGUUUAUUAGCAAGGGACGAGGCGGAGGUUGUGUUGGGUUUUUUAGUUAGUUGUGGCUGUUGUCGUUGGGGAUAAUGAUAAUGGAUUGGAGGCCAAGAAUUGGAGCCGAUUGUUUGCAUGUUUCGGAGCCACGAAGAGGAGAGCGUGGCGCAUCAGAUACAGAUUAAUGCUCCUGAGAUGUCUAUUGACGCACUCAUGACGAAAGAUUCCUUACGUAUGCACCUGGAAUCCUUUAUUAUCGAUUAUACAAAUCGCCGUUUAUUC